AUGUUUAGAAAAUUAAGAAUAAAGUAUUUCACAUCUAUCUACGCUAAUUACACAACAAGGGUAGCUGUAGACCCUACUUUGAAAGAUAAUUUUGAAGCAAAAGUGUUCAAACCUCGCAAACAUCCGGGGACAAAUCGAAUCAAACUUGCUGCUAUACCACCGGAUAUUCAGAAGGCUAUUAAACUAAUUCUGGACGAUGCAGGAGCUAAAGCUUACUACCAGGAGAGCAUAAAACUUAGCAACUACAUUCGCUCACGUCAUUUACCGCCAGAAGACGGCGAAAUCGACGAAAAAGCACAAAAAUUGCGCAACGCUAUUUCCAAACAAGUUUACUCUGGUAUUGAUCGAGAAUUAUCGCCCGAAGAGCUAGAAGUGUAUGAAAAAAAGAUACAGAAUAAGACUUUUGGUGUUUUAAAGAAGAAUGUGUAUCGGUGGGGUAACAUAGCAUAUGACAAACCAACCUCCUUACAGUAUUUAAUGAGUAGAGCCGCCCCAGAGUACGCAGUCUUAUUACGAAUCUUAGAUGAGAUAAAAAAGUUCAAUCCGGACUAUAAACCUCGGAGUUUCUUCGACUUUGGCUCCGGAGUAGGCACUGGCACCUGGGCCGUCAACCAUUUCUGGAAAAAUGAGAUAUUUGAAUACUUCUGCGUUGAUACGUCCUCAACGAUGCACGAUUUGGCCCGUCUCAUCCUCUGCCAAGGCAAAGACAACGUAGAAAUGCCUCUAAGAGGAUUCUUCCAACGACAAUUCCUUCCAGCUUCAUCAGAUCUGAAAUACAGCAUCGUUUUAUCUGCAUACUCACUAUUCGAACUACCAAGCCUCCAAUCUAGAUUAGAAACUAUACAAAAACUGUGGAAUAAAACUGAGGACUACCUUAUAAUUGUCGAACACGGUUCAAAUGCAGGUUUCCAAAUAGUAAAUGAAGCUAGAGAAUUUGUACUCAACUUAAAAGGAAAGGAAGGAAAAGAAGGUUAUGCGUUCUCUCCGUGUCCAAAUGACAACAUCUGCCCACGGUACUUGGAACAUGAAACUCCGUGUAACUUCCUAAUGAAGUAUGAAUCAUUACCGUAUGCAGGCAAAGCGGAAGUCUUCGCAGAUUUGUUUUCAUACGUCAUACUGAAGAAAGGAGUUCGUCCUCCUGAUGAUCCGCAAUGGCCAAGGAUUGUCCGAGCUCCUAUAGUACGGUCGAAGCAUACAAUUUGUAAGUUAUGUACGGCACAGGGAGAGUUGAAGGAAGUUAUAUUUUCUAAAGCAAAGUAUGAUCAGACUACGUACAGAUGUGCUCGGUCUUGCAAUUGGGGGGAUUUGUUGCCAGUUAAAUAA